AUGGCGUCGACCAGCGACAUUCGCGACAUCAUGAACCUGGGCCAGGCUGGUCCUCGGCAGCCUGCGCCAAAGAAGAAGCGACAAGUUGAACCUCAACUACGAAUGACCGGCGUCAAGCGAGAAGUUCAGGCCCUCAUGGGCGAUUCGGUCCCUCCUAUUGCUAUUGUCGAACAGAAAUCCUACAAGUCGCGACCCUCUAUAUCUCAGAAACUCUUCAAAACGAGACACUGGGAGGAGAGACCGUUCCAGCAUGGCGCAAGAACAGACGGGCUAGAGUUGAGACACUGGAAACGCUCUAUUCCUGGCUCCAACGCUCGACAACCUUCAAUCACAAACGCUGCGGGCUCGGCGGAUGUGGAAAUGACAGAUGAACCCACGACGCCAUCUGCCAUGCAAGAGUUGCGCUUUGAAGAAGAGUUUCCUUCACACAAGUGGGAUGUCAAAGUGCAAUUGCCUUCUUACACAGACGAGCAGUAUCAGAGUGUGUUAAAGUCGACGGAUUGGACAAAGGAAGAGACGGAUUAUCUGAUGAACCUUUGCCGCGAGUACGAUCUGCGCUGGGUCGUCAUUGCCGACCGUUACGACCCGGAUCAGAUCUCUGGCGCAACACAGCUACCGCAGGACGGCGAGGCUAAUGGAACAGAACUCGUUCGUCCGAGCAAAUAUCCAGCGCGUUCCAUGGAAGCACUCAAACAACGAUAUUACGCCAUCGCCGCGAAAAUGCUCGAGGUACAGAUCCCGGCGAGCAACAUGACCCAGGCCGAGUUUCAGUUGUGGGAGAAGAUGCGGAACUUCGAUGCCAGAACAGAGACAUUGCGCAAAACCAUGGCGGAGAAGCUGUUUGAGCGCACCAAGGAUGAGGCCGAGGAGGAGCGAGUGUUGCUCGAAGAACUUCAUCGCAUCACGAAACACGAGGAAGAUCUCAUCAAAUUAAGGGCCGAGCUUUAUUCGAGACUUGAACCGGUCCCUCCGUUGAGGAGGAAUGAAGAGCAAUCAACCGCAGUGUAUCAAACUUCUGGAGGUUUGUCUAUGUUGUUGCAAUCACUCCUCGCUAAGGAGAAGAGAUUGAAGCGUCCUCCGCCGCCGAACGGGACAGAAGCAGGCACAGCAUCAGCCACGCCCACAGAUGCUUCCAAACACGACAAGGCAAGACACCCCAACCAGUAUUCUCGGAGGGAUACUAUGGACACGCAAGCCGAAGAAUCAGGACCCCAGAAGAAGGGGUCGACAUCCCAGCCCAGUGUCCGUGUACUGUCACCGCAAGACGAGGCACGCUUUGGUGUAACGCAUCCGCAAGAGAGACUUACUAGUGGUGUGCAAUUCCGGCACGAAAAGAUCAAUCGUCUCAUGAUGGCCAAGAGCCAGACGCAGACAGCCAAGAUUCAAGCCGCUCUGACCGAGUUGGGUAUACCCCCUCGCUUACUCAUGCCUACUCAACGGGUGUGUCGUGUAUUCGAGGCACUGGUGAGCGAGAUCAAUGUCCUCUUGGAUGCCAGAAAGGUCAACGAAAAGGUUGCUACCGAAAUCAAGAUUCUGGAAGAGGCGAGACGCAUCCGACUCGGUCUGCCCAAGGAGGAAGAGCAAAACCCUCCACCUGCCGUUGAUGCCAUGGAAGUCGAUUCUAGCCAUCUUGACGAAAACUCAAAGCUUGAGAACGGCCAGAACCAUUCAAUACCCACUACCAAAAAGGAGCAGAAUACUGGCAGUGGGAACGGCGCUCCGACAGUCAAGACUGAAGACAAGACCGAAGAUGGUGACCGUGCUAUCCAGAAUGGUACGACGCAGGUUGACAGGCAUGACCACGCGGGUGGCGACGCAGAUGCCGAUGACGAUGGAGACGACGUCGGCCAGAGUUCAUCCCUGCAGCCUCAAAGAAAUGAACGCAGAGAUGAAGAAAAUGAUGGACCGGAGGAAGAAGAAGAAGAAGAAGAGGAAGAUGAGCAAAGUGGACCGGGUCCCAAGCACUCUACUAGGGCCCUCGACAGCGAGGCCGACUCUUCGGAAGCAAGUGACCCGGAUGAUGAGUCUGGGCACAAGGGUGGUGAACAGGACGAGGAAGAGGACGAGGAUGAUGAAGAUGAAGAUGAAGACGACGAGGCUGAGGUUCAGGCCACACCACAGGACGACAGCGACGUGGAUGAGGAAGAAGAAGAGGACGAGGAGGCUGAAGCUGAGGCAGAAGCCGAGUCAGACGAAGACGAAGAUGACGAGGAGGCAGACGGUUCAGACGGCGACGAUGAUGCUGAGCAGGAAGCUGCCGACUCAGAAGGCGACGAUGCAGAACAUGCAGGAAAAGGUGCCGGUCAAGAUGAGGUCCAGAAAAAGGAACAUCUGGCUCCCUCCGUGGGACCCCGUGCCCAUAAGCGUUCCGCGAGUGUCAUCUCCGAGACCAGCCGUGCUGGCAGCAACCGCAGCGGUUUCGGAAGGAAGAAGAGAAGAUGA